AUGGUCAAAGCAGGCGUUUUAGGUGCCACCGGGUCCGUAGGCCAGCGUUUCAUCUUGUUAUUGGCUGAACAUCCAGAGUUCGAAAUCCACGCCUUGGGCGCUUCCGCCCGUUCUGCUGGUAAGCCGUACAAUGACGCAGUUACCUGGAAACAGACAGCAUUGUUGCCUGAAGUGGCCAGAAACAUGAUUGUCGAGGAGUGCAAGCCUGAAGGAAGAUUUGCUGAAUGUGAUGUCGUCUUUUCAGGGCUAGACGCCGACUUUGCCGGUGAGAUCGAGAAGGCAUUUUGCGAGGCUGGCAAGGCGGUGAUUUCCAACGCUAAGAACUACAGAAGAGACCCGGGGGUGCCUUUGGUUGUGCCAAUCGUCAACCCAGAUCACUUGAGUGUUAUAGAGAAGAAGACGGCCGACGCCAGAAAGGCAGGCAAGGAGAAACCGGGUUUCAUUGUGUGUAUUUCCAACUGCUCUACCGCAGGCUUGGUGGCUCCAUUGAAACCUUUGGUCGAUAAGUUUGGCCCCAUCGACGCCUUGACCACCACGACAUUGCAGGCUAUUUCUGGUGCAGGGUUUUCCCCUGGUGUUUCUGGUAUAGACGUGUUGGACAACAUUGUACCUUACAUUGGAGGCGAAGAAGAAAAGAUGGAAUGGGAAACAAGGAAGAUCUUGGGUAAGCCAAAUGCUGAUGGCACUGGUUUUGAGCUUGUCGACGAGGACAAGAUGAGAGUUAGCGCUCAGUGCAACCGUGUGGCCGUCAGCGAUGGUCACACCGAAUGCAUUUCCUUCAGAUUUGCCAACAGACCACCACCUUCUGUGGAAGAGGUCAAGCAGACUAUGAAGGAGUACGUUUGUGACGCCUCGAAGUUGGGAUGCCCAUCUGCGCCCAAACAGACCAUCCACGUUUUGGAGGAGCAGGAUAGACCUCAGCCAAGAUUGGACAGGGACAGGGACUCUGGUUACGGUGUUUCUGUGGGCAGAGUUAGAGAAGACCCCGUGUUGGACUUCAAGAUGGUUGUCUUGUCCCACAACACCAUCAUUGGCGCAGCCGGCGCCGGGAUCUUGAUUGCCGAGAUCUUGAAGGCGAAGAGCAUUAUCUAG